UUUCAAAUUCUUUGUUGCAUCGAAGUCCGGCACCGUACGGUACACUAGGAACAAAGAACGCAUCUGUCGGUCGGAGAAAUUCGUCUAUUGAGAGACGACACAGAACGAAGAGACAAUCCCACUCAAAAAGAGAGACAUCACGAAAGAAUGAAAUCGGACGAGAGCCGAGGCCAAAGGCAAAAGAAGCCGCCGCAACUCCCGUUGCUCGGGAUUUCCCUCUCSUUGUUGAUGCUUUCGUGUGCAGCAUCGGAUCGGUKUUUCGCCUUUGGRUGGACGAYYAACAACRAACGCGCCAGCAAAGRCAUCUCGUGGCGGUCAAAAGAGAGGCACCAAGCAACGCCGUUUCCUCCGUCGCGCUCCCGGACUCUUGCGAUACAAGCGAAAAAAGAAAAACCGUACUAUGCCGACGACGCCGAAGACGAAGAAGACAACAAUGCCCCGUUGGUCGCCGGUGGAGCCGCGGUGACCCUGACGGCCGCCAGAACCGCCACUACCGCAGCCGUAGGCGGUGCCGCGCUGUCUUCGACCACAACUACGGCUACGGUAGCGGGAACGACCACUGCUGCCACCACGGCAGCUACUACCGCUGCCACCACGGCAGCUACCACGGCAACUUCGACCGCAACUUCUGUGGUGGCCGGAACCGCGGCUCGGACCGCCACUACCGCCGCCGUGGCCGGAAAUGUGGCGAGGACGGCGACGACAACCGCCGCGACCGUGGGAACCAUAGGAGCAACGGCCUCUUCUACCACCGGGGCCUCGACAGCGACCUCGGUGGUGGCCGGAACCGCGGCACGGACCGCCACUACGGCGGCCGUGGCAGGGAAUGCCGCAAGGACGGCAACCACCACGGCCGCAACGGUGGGAACCCUAGGAGCRGCGGCGUCUUCCACGGGCGGGGGUUCAGCGGCAACCUCUGCGGUAGCUAGUACCGCGGCUAGGACCGCUACUACCGCCGCCGUGGCMGGGAAUGCCGCAAGGACCGCGGGCACUACGGCCGCAACGGUGGGAACCAUCGGAGCGGCGGCCUCCACCGCCGGAACCGCGGCCCCYGCGACCACCGCAACCACGGCCGCGGCYKCCGCUGCCGGCAAUGCAGCGGCCGCGCGCACSACGGCCGCGGGAGGUGCAGCGAUCGCCGGAAAGGUCGGGACGAGCAUCGCGGCCCGAUCGGCCGCAACCGGAUCUGCCGCGACCGCCGCCACGGUUUCGGCCGGCCGCCUGGCGGCCGGAUCCGCGGUGGUGGCCACCGGUUCCGCGGUUGCGGGGGACUCUUUGCUCGGUGGCACCGGUGCCGCCGCGGGGGUGGACGCCCUGGCAUCGGCAUCGGCGGCGGUUGCUGGUUCCUCCGCGGAUGCCCUGGCGGGKGCCGCUUCUGCUGCCGCGGGGGGUUCCGCAGCGGAGAUCGCCGGGGCCUCUUCUGCCGCCGCGGAUGCCCUGGUUUCUUCCGUGGGCGGUGCCGCCUCGGAGCUUGCCGGUGCGGCCGCGGACGCCCUUGUCUCGGCGGGCGACGCCCUGGCAUCGUCGUCGUCGGCUGCCCUCGGAGAAGCGACCGAUGCCCUGUUGACGGGCACCGGAGAGAUGCUGGCCUCGGCCGGGGAUGCGGUAGCCACCGCCGCGGUAGGAGUGGCUACCGAUGCGGCGGUCAACGGAUUGGUGGGAUUCGGGGUCUGGACGGCGGUCAAAAACUGGCUGCUUUCGGGUGGGGUGGCGGUGGUCGCCGUGGAGGUUUUCUUUGCGGUUGCCACCAUCGUUGUGACAGCUAGGGCCGCCAGAACGAAUUCCGAGGUCGAGGAGGAGAAKGAUUCGGGUGGUUGGUUCGACUUUCUCGGUAGCAAGAACGAUGCCGAAGACCUAGCUACCAGCAAUGCAGUCGACUCGGUUCGGCUUUUMGCAACRGAAGAGGGAAUCCAGGAGCCAAAUACCAGYGAUGUCCUGCAAUCUGUACAACUGGAAACAACAGAAGAGGGAGUCGGGGAGCCAAAUACCAGUGAUGUGCUGGAAUCUGUACAGCUGGAAACAACACAAGAGAUCGAGGCGUCGAAUUCCAUGGACAUGGUGGUAGACUCGGGGCGGCUCGAAACAAUCAAGGAUACUUUGGACUCGAUACAGUYAGAGGCCACCGAUUUUGUGCCACCCGAAAUAAUGGAAAACAUCGACCGGUUUGACAUCGAAGUCGAUGAGUCAAUCAGCAUCGAUGGAUUUGGUUCGGUUUCGAUCGAAGCGAUUGACAAUGCAAGCGACACGAAGGGUCCCGAACAAUACGGCGUCUCCGAUACAGAUCCACUUUAUGCCUUGAAAUUUCCAGAGGCAGAAACGCCAACAGACAGUACUUUGGAUCCGUUACAGCGCGAAACAAUGCAAAGCAGCAGCAACGGGUACGAAACCAACGAAGAAACUUCUGAUUACGCUGUCAACUUUCCGGAUCAAAAUAAUUUGACUAGUAGUGGCAUCGAGACUUUGUAUUCGAUGCCGUCCGAAGCAGCGGCUACAGAAUUUACGGCCGAACAAGACAGCUCGGCGAGGAGUGAUGCUAUCGGCGAGAAACGCGACAACUACAGUUUAGGUCUGCAAAAUUACGAUGAUAGCAGCGACCAACACGACGAAAAUAACCGAGAUCGGUGACUACAGCGAUAUUAACAUGAAUCAAAGCUCGACACAGUGCAUGCAGUAAGGCACAGCAAACCCAUGACGGAUAAAUUCACAAGGUGGCA